GAGCCCCCCACUUUCUACUCCUCCCUCUGCUUUUUACCUCAAGAAUACCAAUUCAGACUUCUACUUGGGACAAACAAAACAGGGGAGAAGAGAUAAAAUAAAACAAAAAUCAGAGAGAGAGAGAGAGAGAGAGAGAGAGAGAGGGGAUGAAGAAAGUAAAGGGUGAGCUUUGUGGUGGUUAAGCAAUGUGCAGAUAAAAAUAAAGAUUGAAACUUUGAGCUCAGAAGAGGAGGAGAGACUAGUAGUACUACUGUAGUAGGCUAUAGUAUCUCAGUGUGUUCCAGAUUAGAAGGGAGAAAAAAUAAAAAGGAAACGGUGGGUUUUCUAAAUUGGCAAAAGAGCAAAAAGUUAUAGAAAGAGAGAGAGAGAGAGAGAGGGAGAGAGAGAGAGAUGGUGGGCUCAGGAGGAUCAACAACAGAUAGGAGCAAAGAAGCAAUUGGGAUGAUGGCCCUUCACGAGGCCCUCAGAACCGUCUGUCUUAACUCAGACUGGACUUACUCUGUCUUCUGGACCAUCCGUCCACGCCCGAGAGUCAGGGGUGGUAAUGGCUGCAAGGUUGGGGAUGAUAAUGGUAGCUUGAUGUUGAUGUGGGAAGAUGGGUUUUGCCGAGGAAGAGUUGCAGAUUGUCUUCCAGACAUUGAUGGAGAAGAUCCUGUCAGAAAAUCCUUCAGCAAAAUGUCCAUUCAACUAUAUAAUUAUGGAGAAGGGUUGAUGGGGAAGGUUGCAUCUGAUAAGUGCCACAAAUGGGUCUUCAAAGAACCAACAGAGUGCGAACCAAACAUCUCCAACUACUGGCAAAGUUCAUUUGAUGCUCUUCCUCCUGAAUGGACUGAUCAGUUCGAGUCAGGAAUACAGACAAUUGCUGUAAUUCAAGCUGGCCAUGGACUUCUGCAAUUGGGUUCCUGCAAAAUUAUACCUGAAGACCUUCAUUUUGUGCUAAGAAUGAGGCACACCUUUGAAUCUCUAGGCUACCAAUCUGGUUUCUACCUAUCUCAGCUUUUUGCUUCAAACAGAAACAAUUCAAAUUCCUCUGUUCCAGUACUUCCUUCGAAGCAAUCCCCCAUUCCAAUUCGACCUCCUCCUCCUUUGUUCAAUUGGGCUCAAAGGCCACUCCCACCUGCAACAUCUAUGCAGCUGCCUUCACCCAAUUUUCAAAACUCCGCUGCAGCCAGACUAGGGUAUCCUCACCAACCCAACAAAGACGAAAGUACCCAUAUGUUUUUGCUGCCUCAUUCGGCCGAAACCCAAAUGGGAGAUCACCACAUGAUGGGAGGAGGAGAACAGCAUGAAAAUGACAUCAAGUGGCCAAAUGGGCUGUCUUUCUUCAGUGCCCUCACUGGACGAAGUGAGGAUGCAAAGCUUUUGUUCAACCCGGAGAACUUAGGAAACAAAGCAGCAGAGGAAGAUCCGAAUUCAGAUGCUUCCAACAAUCCCAAUCACGAGUUCUUGAGCUUGGAUUGCCAUCCGGAUAGUAGUAAUGCAAGGAAGAUGAACAUGGAAAAUAAGUACAAGAGGAGCUUCACUUUGCCUGCAAGAAUGACCUCAUCAUCUUCAACUUCAGUUGAUCAUCACCACCAGCACCAGAACGUGUACAAUCGGAAUUCUGAAGCCGGUAUGUAUUCUGAUGUCAUGGAGACCUUCUUAGAGUGAAAACGGGGAGGAUUGUAUUAUUAGGAGGGACAACGGGUCUGAAGUAGUAUCUAGGCAAAAGCUUUUGAGCUCCUUUGCUUGGUUUCAUGCGCUUAGCUCUUUCAUAUCUUUGUGUUUCUCUUUUCUUUGUUAAUGAGACUUGGUUAUUGAUCUCAGUUGUGCUUGUAGUUCAUCUAAGAAGAAAUUUC